UGGGUCUGUGUUAGUUUCCUCCACUUAUUCCCCAUUUGAAAUGACUCCUAUUUCCUCUGAGGGAAGGAGAGGAAGCAGAAGCCACAUGACUACAGAGUAUGGCCAAGACAGGAAUGACAGAGCUUUAGGAAACAACAAAUGUUAGGUUCUUUUCUCAAUUAUAGAAAAGGCCCCAACUGAUCUAGGUACUGGCUUGGCUAUGCAAGGCAUAGCUUUACCUUCACUGCCUUGACCAACUCAGGCCAAAUCAAAACUCCUUCUAGUAAAUACAAGCUGAGCAAUCACUAGUACCAAGGACUGCAAUGCAGUGAUGAGCCUUCAUACAAGUUUCCAUACUCAAAGACCACCUCAUACUCCAGCUGGUUUAAGAUGGUGUAGUCUGGACAUCACUGGCCAAAGCAGAUAAUCUGUAAUACCACUUGUAACCAUGAUCUGGGACAAAUAACUUUGCCUUUCCCUCUGCCUCACUCAAUUCUACUUCUGUGAAAUGGGGACUAUUGCAAUUAUAGCCACCUCAAGGUUGUUUGAGGGUUCCAUUAGAUAACUUACAUAAAAUCUUUUGUACAGUGCCUGGCACAAAGAAAAUAUUAGUUGCUAUUGUUACUGUUAAAUACACACUGUAUGUCACACGUAUAGGGAGACCAUAUCUUAUUCUCCUAAGCUCCCAGCACCCAGGACAGUGGCUAGCACAUAAUGGAUUCUGAACAAAUACGUGGUUAGUAAAUGCAGAAGUGGAAUAACUUAUAUCUGGAUAUAGGAGCAAGCCGGGUCUUUCCAUGUCAAUACAGAACAUCUACUGUGUGCUAGGAGUCACAAAGGGACAUUAACAGUGGAUCUCGUCCUUAGUACCUGAAAGAUGUUUAGAGGACUGGCUUAGUAUAGAUGAGGCGGUGGCUUUGAUCCCUUGCACAGUACAAAAGAAAACAAAACAAAACAAAAUAAUCCAGGAGAGAUGUUUGACAUAACCUGUUGCAAAUGAAUGUAGAAAUAAAAGACCAUGAAGAUUAUCUGCGCCUAAUAGUAUGCCACAAACGCAGGUCCCGAAAGUGGACGAUAGGGGGCGCUGAACCCGUCGAUCUCAGCCCCGCUGUGCAACAAGUCUAGCGACCGAUGCCGCGCAGUGACGUCACGUCCGCUUGCGCGUUCGCGUCUGUAGGGCGGAGCGGAACGGAGUCAAAUUCAAAUACACCAGUUUUGCAGUCUUAAACCUAGGCUGCUAACUCCGACCCGUUCCGAAUUCUAGCAGCGCUCAGGCUACAGGAACGCGGCUGUUCUAGUGGAGGGCUUCGUUCUGCGCCGGGGCCGCUUAACCGCGCGCGACAGGUGCAAGUGCGCAUGCGCGAGGCGGGCGCAGGGUGGAAGUGCGGCUGGCCGGAGGAGCCUUGCUGUUGCCAGGUAUCCCAUGUUUGAAGAUGCCAGCUACUGCAUAUGAAAGAGUAGUUUACAAGAGCCCCUCAGAGUACCACUACAUGAAAGUCUGCUUAGAGUUUCAAGAACAUGGAGUUGGACUGAAUGCAGCCCAAUUCAAACAGCUGCUUGUUUCAGCCCUGAAGGACCUGUUUGGGGAGAUUGGUGCUGCUUUGCCUGUGGACGUCCUAACCUAUGAAGAGAAGACCUUGUCAGCCAUCUUGAGAGUAUGCAGCAGUGGUUUGGCUAAAUUGUGGAGCUCUUUGACCUUGUUCGGAGCCUAUAAAAACAAGAAGUGUGCUUUCAGAGUGAUUCAGGUGUCUCCCUUUCUCCUUGCAUUAUCUGGUAAUAGCAGGGAACAAGUAUUGGAUUAAAUACUCUUACAGUUCCAGAACCCUCUACUC